CUUAAAUUUUACAGAGCUCAAAGAUAAGCGGAGCAUCGUUUCGACUUUUUUUAGAUCAUGGCAAGGGUAAAACUUCCUCUUUCUUCUCGCGCCGAUCGUUGUAUGUCUGCGUGGGUGAGCGUAUUCGGGCGUUUUGAUCGAUAGCGAGACCUUGGCGCUGUAUCUUGGAAAUGCGUUUGCGGAGACACCGUCGUCAUAUUGCUCCUGCCGAAGUCCUUCGUAGCGAGACUCCCGAGCUCUACGUCGGGCUUGUCUUCCGCGCGGCCGAUUUCUUUGUUCAGUCUAUUCUCGGUCUGCAUAAACGUGUUUAGAUCGACGUGUUUCGUUGCGGCUCUAUCGGCUUUCUUCUUUUCCACCGACUGUCGGCCGCACAACGGUGGGUUAAAAGGCCACCCGAGGAUGAACGGGUUUAAAAUAACCGGAAUGUAAAAGGCACUAAGUGCCAAGAACGCAGAGGGCCCAGCAAAUAAAAAUGUUUCCAGCUUGUUUUCUGGCCACUCGUUAUAGUUCCAGUUUGCGUCCUGCAACACCACGAGAUACGAUAUAAUCAGUAAGUAGACGGCUACACCCCAAGAUCCAAUGUUGAAGCGAGCCAUGUCACCAAAGGCGAUGCAUCUCGUGAUCUUGAUAGAGUCCUUGUUUGUCGCACUGCAUAUAUUCGGUCGAGCCAACAAGUGAUCCAUCGAUCCGAGGAAGAAAUAAUUACCCAUUACCGAAUAAAACAUUACUUGAAAGCACAUGCAAUAUCGAAUCAGUCGCCAGCAAAGAUAGAUCACACCGUGGUCACGGUACUCGGGAAAUAGCAACUUGUUGUUCGACCACUUCAUCUUGAUCAUCGCAAAUAGAAAGGUGGUGUACCCGAUGAUAUAGUAGCAAACCACGGAAAGGACCAAUACACCGGCACUACUAAAGGCAGAAAGGAAUUCGACUUSGCUUUGAACCCCACAAAGACGUGUUAUGGCUGCAAUGCUAAAGACCAGGAUAUAACAACCACCGCUUGUGUAUCCAAAGAGGUAGGACGUUAGGAAAACCUUGUAAUAGCUCGGAAUGUCUGAUUUGAGAAAUGUCCAGAACAAAGGUGUGAAUGGUCCGUGUCCGAGCCAGCUGUUGAACGAAUUGAACAUGAGCUCGUGAGCUCCAAGAGCAAAUUUGCGGUGGCGCCCAGCUUCUUCGUCAAAAGUACGCGUGAUGCCCUCUUGGAAUUCGCAAUUGGGAUAAUUGACGUAUCGACCAUUAAAACCCAGGUUGUAGAGGUGGAUCAUCAGUUCGAAAUCUUCCGAAACGUGAGACUCGGACCAGUAUUCGGUGCUUCCGUGAUCUUGAAGGUUGAAKGAUCCAAUCUGAAAGUCGAAACAGGAGUAAGUUUGAAUUGUUAGAGCAGAAUUCAUUGGUUUUCGUCCMGWUUGUUUACUGUUGUGAAGCAAAGUUUCAAACUAUUGAAUUGAAGUAAAAUAGUACGCAGAAUUAAACUCACCUGUUCGACCGAUAAAAAGGGAAGACCGAUAUUUUUCAACCAUCUCUGGGCCUUACGGAGGGUUCGAAUCCGACCCGUCGCUUUGAUCGCCUCGCUACGGAGAAUGAUAGAGUGACCAACCAGAGGCGGGUGGCAUCCCAAUAUCGAGCUGAGCAAAAAGUGCCCCAUGUAGAGGGCAUCCGUGUACGACGAAAGCAUGUUAAUGUAGUAGGACUCGCGUCGCUGGUCGUCCAAUGUUUUGGUGGCGUGCUGGGUGAAACCCAAGUGCUUGUCGUUUAGAAACUCCGGAACCGUCUUGAUAAUGACGGAUUCGGCCAUGCGGGCGUCCGCGUCGUUGAUGAGCUGGAGGUCACCGAUUUCAAUGUCACCACCAAACAUGACGAAUCGCGAUCCGUCAGAGUUGUGGGAGUUUUCGAUGAGGGCUUCCUCGAAGGUAAUGUCGUCUAUUUCCGACAGCUGUUUCGCUCCCCAUGCCAGGCGCAGGUGCGAGUUGAGAUUGGACGCCUUCUUGAACUUUCCGCGCCUGUCAAACGUCGAUCGGGCCACAAAACCGAUCUUGUGGUGAUAAUAGUAGAGCAUUCUGUGAAAGACUUCGUAGACGGCCUUGCUGGAAAGUCCCUUCAAAUGGCGGCGAGAGGGCUUGGGGACUUUUUGCAGGAGCUGGCUGAGCUUGAAGUAUUUUCCAUUGGUUGCCACGAUCGUCUCCCAGAGCAUUUCCGCUGCUGCAAAAUUGUUUUUCAGAUAAGCCAUCAUGCCGUCGUCGGCGAGAACGAUGUUGCACUUUGCCCCAGAGUUUCUCCUGUAGUGAUCGCGUGCUCUGAUGCAGGAGUUGAGGGUAGGCAUCAUCACCUCCUGCAAGCUCUCCUUGUAGACGGGGAUUUGAAUCGUAACGCUCAUCCAUUCCGCGUGCUUUGGUUUGUUCUCCGGAAUCACACUGCAGUACUUGGUGUUGGUUCGGAAUGCCUUGGCAGGGAUGAAGCACUUCAUGAUCGAGGAGAUCGAAAAGUAAACGUUCCAGAACAGACCGAUAAAGGCAAUCAGUGCCAGAAUUAUCUCUACAAUUACCCUGCCAACCCCGGUGAAAGUCCAAAUGGCCACGAACAACAAAAAGCCGACGAGAGAAACAGUUACCAAGAAGGAAAGUGUCGAUGUGUGUAGGGCAAUAGAAAGAGGUUCAGUCGGACGAUUGGUGGUAUUCAUAGGGGGUUUGGCCCACGGACUUCCAGCAAUUUGAUGCACCGCAUCGUUCAGCACACCAGUCUGGAAUAUCCAGUUUUCAAAACAGCCAAGGAAGUAGGAAUCGCACAAGGCAUUGCAAAAGCAUUCCAAAAGAGAGAACAAAGGAGAUAACGAGCGCGUGAGACAGUACUUUUAGAUGAUCSGCGGCACGAAUCAACAGGCAAACGCUUGCACACAAAACMUACCUUUCUGGGAUCGUUGAACAUGUUGGGUCGCUCCCAGUCUUCCUUCGAGUCUCCCCCCGAGGGAUCGUUGUCGUCGAAAAACUCCGCGAGGGCAUCCUGGUCUUGUUCAAAGGGAUCAAAGACGUUCGCAAAAUUGACGUAGUUUCCGAUCAUYGCGACUCCGUCGGGACUGACGUUGGCGUUGCCCCGGGCGRCACCGUUCGUGCGCCCCCCACGGGGUUUUGGGUGCUUUUGCUUGCCCGGUCGACUUCCCCCCCCGUUAACGUACGGAACGUCGUAGACGACCUCGACGUCGUCGUCGUCAUCUUCGUACUCGUUGUAGCUCGGCAUGCUGUCGUUUGGUUAUGGUGUUUUGUGUUUUCUUCUKUGGUGUUYUGGGCUGCUUGCGGUCUUGGUUCUCGGAUUUUGUUGGUUGAUUCGUCGGCAAAAGGUCGAAACCAUGUAGGUCUGCGGCAAUGCGAUUGAAGUGGUGAUUUGGAGUGAGGAAUAAAAUUUUUGCAAGCCA